AUAAAGUUUCGUCGUGUAUUUUCGGAAAAACCUAAUGAACAAAGAGUUCUGGAUUUUGCCAAAAUAAAAAGGUUCACGUUUAUUUUAAAGAGAGUUUUUGCGAUUUGAGUGCAGAAUCUACAAUCAACUAUGUGGUUCCUCGGGAAGAUCAGGGAGAGUAUGGAGAGCGCUCCUCUGGAGCUGGGUCGUCACAUUGGAAAGAGGGGCGAGGAUGCCCUUUUCUACUCAAAGACCAGCCUCUCUCAGAAUCUGCACACGAACAUCAUCACUCCAGAUAACAUCCCUGAGUUCUGCCUGCCUCCGCGGCUUUGCAAGAGACAUCUGACGCCAGAAGUCGAGAUGACAGCCCUGCACCUGGACAGCCGCACGGCGACACCAAUGACACCAAAGAACAGCACUUGUUCAAAUACCGCCCAAGCAAAAACGAAGCUGAUGAAGGAAAAGAGUGAAGAGCCAUCAGGGCCUGAGAGGGCGCCGAGAAAACCUUUGCCGUUCUCUGCAGAGUGCUACGGUCUGGCUGGGAUGUACGAGAGCCCCAACACUCGAAGGAAGGAGUCUUUGUUCCACUCAAAACGGCCCGUGUACACGUUCGAAAGGCGCACCCCCGCCACGACGCCCCGACAGGCGAAGGAGGCAACCCCGCUAAAGAAAACCUUUUCAGGGUUUCUCCCAUUGUUUGCGUCCAGAAGCACAGAAGCCGAAACCCCUUCCAGCGCCAAACCAUCCAGAAAUGUAAAAUCCAGAAGCCACUGUCUUAAAGAAACGGUCUCCUGCCCUUCGUUGAUUGAUAGCAUGGACAAAAGCAUGAGGUCAACGAAUAAUUUAGGUCUUAGUUUACCAGCUUCCUCCUGCAGCUGGUCAACCUCUGAGAAACAGCCACCCACCCUGUCCCCACCUCUCCUCCAUCCACUGGACUUCCUCCACUGCCAGGAGAGACUUCAGCACGAACACGUCCUUCCUCUGCAGGGCAGAGGCCGAGUCCGCCUCUCCGCUGAGCACACCACGUUCUCCAACGACGCUCCCUCGGUCUUUUCCACUAUCAGAGUGCGCGUGGUGUCCGUGGAGGGCUUGCUGGACCAAACGGAACGGCAAACCCUGAACUGUGCCGUGAAUCUGUGCUUGACCCCGGGGAAGCUGCAGCAGCAGGAGAGCGCCACCAUCAGGAACUGCCGUUUCCCCGUGUUCAAUGAAGAUUUCUACUUCACAGAACUGAGCCGCGAGGAUCUGCUGGAGCUGCGGCUCCGGUUGAAGGUGCUGGAUAAAGCCACGGCGGGGGCACUGAGGAGGGGAACGGUGAUCAGGAUUCUCUGUAAACCACUAUCCCAGCUGUUAUCCUCUGACGAACGAGUGUAGGAGCAGAUCUGGAUGUUAUGUGUUUAGUAAAGACAGGAUGUCUUUAAAAGAUUUGUCUGUAAUGCCACGGUCGUUGCAUUUUGUUAGUACUUUGAUCAUGUUUAGUCAUUUUUGCUCAAAGGGCAGCAUAAGUCA